GAAAACAUCAAAAAACAUUCUGGAUAAAUAAGAAAUCGGUUUCGUUUUGUGUCAAUUUGUUUUAAUUUAAAAAAAAAUAACUGUUUUAAAUGUGUUGAUUUUAUUUUCUAUUGCUAUAUUCAAGUUAUCCAAAAGAAAUGCUCAAACUGGGAAUACUCAAUGUUGAAGGAACAAAAUACACUCUAAAAAUUGGUCAGGAAUAUUUAAUAGGACGUAAAUCAAAUGAAUUAUCCCAUGACAUUGAAAUUGAUGAUCAGUCUGUGGACAUCAAGCAUUCGGUUAUAGAUUUAACACAAAGUGCAUCACCUCAACUAUUCGAUUUUUGUUCAAAACAUGGAACGUUUGUUGACGAUGUGAAAAUUCCAAGAUUCAAAAGUUUUCCCUUGGCGAAAACUUUAAAGAUUCGAUUUGGAAAUGUCAAUGCGAGCCUGCAGCUGUGGUUCGAGGGUGACCGUGACAGUGGCUAUCUGGAAGAACGAUUGAAUUCUCCAAUUGCAGACACAUCGGAAAUUAUUUGCAACUCUCCCGAGCAUAUUUCUUCUUCGGGAAGUCGCUUGAAAAACUCCCUCAAGAACUCUCUAACAUCAACCCCAAACCAAUCAGCUGCUUCCAGUUUGACGAGUGCGUCAAAGCCUGCCUCUAGCUUCCUGAUUCCAACCUGCUUACCACGAACUUCGCUAGGCAGCAACACAAGCGCUCGAAGCAAUGAUAGUUUUUAUAUUCCAGAAACUCAACAUGCGCCCGAAACCGGCAACAACAGUAGAACAAACAAUUCUACUAACAUUUCACUGUACAGCAACAGAUCCAAGAAAAAUAGCACCGCUGGUGAUGAUGAUUUCUUUAUUCCUGAGACUCAGGAAGUUGUUAGUUCUGCUAUUUCCCUGCCUAACCAUGCGAGAGUAGCAUUUCCCAGUGAUGAUGUAAACGAAACACUAUCACAGGACGAUAGAAUGCCAUCGAGUCAAUUUCGCAUUUGUACACAAGAUUUCAAUGGAAGCGAUGAAGAGCUCAGCAAUCAAUCCAGUGAUUUACUAGCAAAUAUUCCGCUUUCGAUAGUUAUUCCUACUGUAAAACAUGACACUGUUCUGAUCGAUGACUUUGCAAUUAACGAUGAAGAAGAUAUUGAGAAUGAAAUGUCCGCCUUGCAGUGGUCCAAAAAGACAGCGGAGGAAAACAAUGCAGAUGGAUCUGUAACACCUGAUGGAUUGUUUGAUGUUGUUGGUUCGGUGACUACGGAUUUCAUUCAAGUCAAGAGAAAAAGAGCAGAAAUAGCUCUCUCACAAAGCAGUACACCAGAUAUCUUUGCGAUUCCCGAGGAACCUGAAAUUGUGGCAACAACAACAAACAAGCAAGAGAGUAACAAAGACGAAAAUCUCAAAGAUCCCAUAAUAAUACCAAUAUCAACAACCAAUGACACUGAAAAAUUGGAUCAGGUCACAAAAGAGAAUGACGAAAAUGAAAUCGAUGAAUAUCCACCAACUCAGUCGUUUUUCAAACCGCAUUCUGUUAACACCUCCUUCACAAGGUCCUCUUUGCUGCCGCCACCACCAUCUGCAGAAGCGGAUAAGAUUGCAAAAGAAAAUGAUCUUCCAAAGGAAAUCGACGAAUAUACACCAACUCAGGCGUUUUUCAAACCGCAAUCUGUUAACAACUCCUUCACAACGCCCUCUUUGCCCCCGCCCCUACCAAAAGAAAACGAGCUUCAAGAUGAACCUGAUGAAUAUCCACCGACUCAAGCGUUUUUCAAACCAAUUACUGCUAACACAACCAUCACAAGAACCUCUUUGCCGUCACGGACUUCAACCGAAGAUGACUUGGAUUCGUUGCCUGAUACGCAAGCUUUUGCACCUCCAACUGUCAAAUCCAUACCGGCUGUGCCUGAUAGUCUCCCAAAACAUCAAAUACCACAAAAUCCCAAUAACAGUAAGGCAAACUUUUCAAAUCAUGUGUUUGCUUUGCCCCAAGCUUCACCAAAACCUCGCCCAUCACCAAAACCCCAAGCAUCACCAAUACCUCAAGCAUCACCCAAGCCGAACGUGACACCAAACAUUCCAACACCACAAAAAUCACCCUCUUCUACGGUGCAAAUCUGUGAGGACGAUCUUCCACCCACUCAGGUCUUUCUCAAGGAUGACCAUGCUCCACUGCCAAUUGCAACCAACGUCUUUUCCUCGACUCUGGUUGAUUGUGAUAUGCCAUUUUCUGAGCAUAGUUUCAGAACAAAAUUCAAUAAACUCCUCGAUUCCGACGAUGAUGAAAUGGACGAGGUGAUCGCUCCAGAAUUGGUUAAACAGAUGCGUGAAUGUCAAAGUAAAAUUGCACAUCCAGAAUUAGUUCCUGAGGAACCUUCGACUCCGGAAAAUAACUCAACUAAUUCCACAAAACAACAAGAAGAAAAAGAAUUAGAUACAAAUUCUGAAAUGACUCCUAAAAAUAAUAACUUCCGAGUUCCAGUGGCAGCACCGAAAACCAACUAUUCCAAAAAUCCCGCUGUAAGUAUUGAUGACUUUUUGCUUACACCUGACUUCUUGCGCAAGGAAUUUUCAAAAAAUUCACAACUACAAAAGGAAGCCGAAGUAAAAUGGCGGAAUAUGGUUUUGGAAAAACGUAACAAAGAACUUUUUGGGGAUGAGAACGGUCAAACGAUUGACGAGGCUUCUGAUUCCGAUGAUAGUGAGGAUUCAUUUAGUGACUUGUUGCCAAAAAGGAGAGAAACCAGAUCUAAAUCUGUGAGCAAACCUGCAAAGGAAAAGCCGGUGGUUGAGGAAGAAGUGGUUUGUGCGAGAGUAACUCGACGUAAAUCGACAUACGUCACGAUGAAUGCAAAAGAAGAAGCCGACAAAAAAGAAUCUAAGAGAAGAGCUCGACGAACAAUUAAUAAAAUUCCAGAUGUUGAAGAAAAACGAAAACGCUCAGACAAUGAAAAAUUGAGCAAAAAUGAAAAGGUCUCCUCUAAACAGGAAAAGUCCAAAAAGAAAGAUAAAGAAAGUGAAACUGAAAAGAACAAAAACAUCGAAAGCAGUUACAACACAAAGAAAAGUUCUAAAAGUACGAAAGAUGCUAAGCUUUCGAUCGAUCCGAUUCUCGUUGAAAAUUCAAAUCUUUUAAAGAAUUCCUCCAUCGUAAAGCCGGACUUGGCAAAAGACUCUAGUGUCGUCAAAGAAAAUUCAAGUCUUUCCAAGAAUUCAAGUCUUACAAAAGAUUCAAGUCUUGCGAGGAAUUCCUCUAGCGUGAAGCCGGACCUGGCAAAGAACUCGAGUAUUGCCAGAGAGAAUUCUAGUCUCUCCAAGAAUUCCAGUCUUGACAAAUAUUCUUUCUCCGCGAAGCCUCAACUGUCAAAAGACUCAAGUUUCGUCAAAGAAAAUUCAAGUCUUUCCAGAAAUUCAAGUCUUUCCAGAAAUUCAAGUCUUGUCAAGGAUUCCGCUAUAGUGACUCCCCAACAGAUAAAAGAGUCGAGGGUCGUCAUAGAAAAAUCUUGUCUUUCAAGGACUUCCAGUCUUGUUAAGGAUUCUUCUAGUUUAAAGUCCGAUUUGCCAAAAGCAUCGAGUUCAAAUAGAAAAACAAGUUCUGGUGAAAUUAAAAAAACCCGUUCAACCUCCAAAGAAUCUCUCUCAUCUCGUACAUCCUCCAUUAACUCAUCGAAAGACCCCAAAGAACUUAUAGGUGAAAAUUCAAAAGAAACGGUUAGUGGAAGAACAAGAACACGCCGAAAAGUUCAAGAGUCAAAGCCAGAAAAAUCAGAAGAACCAGAAGACAAAUCAACCAGAUCGAGGGCUACCAAAAGAAAUGCUGAAGCUUCUAAAUCCUCAAGUAAAGCUUCGAAAAUCAAUAAAUUAGAGGCUCUUGAUGUUGUUAGCAAACCGAAUAGUGACAAACCAACACCGCGAAAAAGCCGACUCAGAAGUGCUUCCCAAACAAAAGUUAACGACAAGAAAGUCACCUUGAAUAAAAAUCUGGAGAAAAUCAAAGAAGAUGAUAAAAAAGAUGAACCAGCCAAAAAUGCAUCACUUAUCACAAAUAAAAAAUGCGAAGAACUUAUCGAUUUAACAGAUUCCGAUGCCGAGGGAAUGUCUGCUUUUAAGAAAAAAAAUACCGAAAAGAGGAAAUCCCAGCAGGAUUACUUGCCAUAUAGCAUCUCUCAGAGCUCAGCCGAAAGUAAUGAUUCAGAUAGAACACUUCGUCGAAAGAGGAAGCUAAGAAUUGCCAUGACAUCUUGUUCGCCAGCAACUAGAGAUGCCGUAGUUCAAUAUACAGGACGAAUUUGGGAGUACACUGAAGACCCCAAAGAUUGUGAUGUAUUAAUUUUAGAGGCAGGCAACCGGACAUAUAAACUUCUAGUUGCCAUAGCUCGGGGUGUACCCGUUGUCAAAGUUGAUUGGUUCAAAGAAGUCAUCCUGAUGAAAUCCACAGAAGUAUCAUUCGACAAAUACAUAUUCGAUGAUGAAAAGUUUCAAAAGCGUCAUACAUUUUCGAUGCGCAAUUCUCUUCAAAUGGCUAAAAAUUCAUCGUUGUUUGGGGGCAUGAAUUUUAUGAUGACACCAAAUAUAACACCGAAACCAGAUGAAAUGAAAGAUAUAAUAGUUUGUGCUGGAGGAACAGUUCUAGCAAGCAUUCCCACAUCUCAAGAUGAUCGUAAAUUUUAUUUGGUAUCAGAAAAUUCUGAUAAUCAAUUAUGGUAUCGCUAUCGACGUGCAAGUAAAGACGUUAAAAUAGUAACGGCAAAUAGUUUGAUGGCUUCUGUGAUGCAGCAGUCAUUGGAACCUCUUAUGAAAAGCAUACAUUGAAAUUACUGUUUCGUCUUAAAAAAUUUGUUAUCGUGUAUGUUUUGUAUUAUUUAUUAUAAUCAUUAUGUUUAUCUGUUUUUAUAAGGAUUUUUUUAUUUGUUAAAAAAUUAAAAAUUACUCAAAAGU